UAAUGGUAUCGUUUGCAGGGAACAGAAGCUAUUUUAUCGCAUCGCAUGAUCAUUUUUAACGGCUCUGUUUUUCCAGAAAUCUCCAACUCGAUUUGAGCAAAUCGGGUAAAGAGGUUGAAAACCUCCUAUUCCCGUGUGACAACACCCCAAAGUUGGGAACCGCCCCUUUUUGUUCCGCAUAGACCUCCUUCUCGCGCUCACGGGCUUUUGGAGUACUGCGCAUGCGCGUCAUUUUGAGCUGUAACGGUCGUCAGUCCACCGGGAGUUCUCAGAGGAAAAGAUCAGCUCCUCCCACUGCAAUCACAUCAUCAGUGAAGCUCCUCCCACAGCAGUUCUCCAGUAAAUGCUGGAAUAUUCUCGUCUGAAUAUUCCCUGGAAUAUUCAGAUGAGCAUCAGAGCAUCAGGAAGAGCUGAAAUCUGCAAAGACUGAGUUUAUUAAAGAGGACAGUGAGAACAUGAGUGAUCCAGAACCCUGCAGAAUGAAACACACUGAAGAUACUGAAGAACAAAGAGACCUGAUGGAAGAGAGCGAAGAGAGUGAAGAACUGAGUGAAGUGGAGGAGGAACAUCAUGACAAACCUGGAGAAAAACCUCUGAGUCGCUCAAAGACUAAAAAGACAUUUUUAAAGAAAAGAAGAGCAAAGAAAUCUACAACCUGCACUCAGUGUGGAAAGAGUUUCUCAACCAAACAAAGUCUUGAUGUUCACAUGAGAGUUCAUACUGGAGAGAAUCCGUUCACAUGUGAUCAAUGUGGGAAGAGUUUCACACAAAAAGGAAAUCUUAAGGAACACAUGAAGAUCCACACUGGAGUGAAGCCAUAUGUAUGUAGUCAAUGUGGAAACGAUUUCACAAACAAACAAAGUCUUGAUGCUCACAUGAGAGUUCAUACUGGAGAGAAACCGUUCAAGUGUGAUCAGUGUGGCAAAGGUUUCAGUCAAUCUUCACACCUUAAAGGACACAUGAGGAUCCACACCGGAGAGAAGCCGUUCAUGUGUGAUCAGUGUGAAAAGAGAUUCACAAACAAACAUCAUCUUGAUGUUCACAUGAGAGUUCACACCGGAGAGAGGCCACAUGUAUGCCAUCAAUGUGGGAAGAGUUUCACCCGAUCAGAACACCUUAAAGGACACAUGAAAAUCCACACCGGAGAGAAGCCAUUCACAUGUGAUCAGUGCGGGAAGAGUUUCAGACAACCAUCAAACCUGAAUGUUCACAUGAGAGUUCACACUGGAAAGAAGUUGUUCACAUGUGAUCAGUGUGGGAAAACAUUUCUUAGGGCAUCAGAGCUGAAGAGACACCUGACAGUUCAUACGAAGGAGAAGCCACAUUCAUGUUCUGUGUGUGGAAAGAGUUUUUCACUGCUGCAAAAUUUACAAACACAUAAGAAAAUACAUACUGGUGUAAAAGCUUAUAUGUGCUUUGAGUGUGGGAAGACUUUUACUCAUGAAAUCAGUUUAAAAGUGCACCAGAGAAUUCACACUGGAGAAAAACCUUACAAGUGUUCACACUGUGACAAGAGAUUCAAUCAGUUAGCAAAUCUGAAAACACAUGAGGGGGUUCAUACUGAAGAAAAACCUUACAAGUGUUCACACUGUGACAAGAGAUUCAGUCAGUCAGCACAUCUGAAAACACAUGAGAGGAUCCACACUGGAGAAAAACCUUACAUGUGUUCACACUGUAACAAGAGAUGCAGGCAGUUAACAGAUCUGAAAAGACAUGAGAGGAUCCACAGCAGAGAGAAGCCGCACACGUGUGAUCAGUGUGAAAAGAGUUUCUCUUUUAAAAGUCACCUGAAGAUACACAUGAAGAUCCAUGCAGUGGAGAAACCACAUCACCACAGUCAGAGAUCACAAACAACCAGAAAGCAUCUGGAAGGAGAGGAAAGAGAGAUCCAGUGAUCCAGAACCUGCAGAUGAAACAUCACGAUCCUGAAGAACAAAGAGGUUGUGUCAAUGAGUGAUUUGACAAACAAACAUCACCCAAAGUUCAUCUUCAGGAGUUUGUGUUUAUUUUCUUAAUGGAUUUGUGUCAUUCAGUUAUCUUUUAUGAAGGAAAUUAUUAGUUAUUGUUCAUUUGUAUUUUCUGUUGAUUCUGCUUGAAUCAGGAAUAUUUUUUAGCUCUGAAAGCCAUGAAGUAGCCUAUUAUGAUUGCUUUUCGAGCUUUUCAUGUUUUAAUUUUUAAAAGGACCUUUUAAAUGCCUAAUAAAUCAUAUUUCACUGCACACAUGACUGACAUUGUAUGAGAUUGUUGUCUGUUGUCUAAAUUAUUAACAGUUUUUCUCUUGAUAUCCAGUAUCAUAUAUACAUUUCA